GAACGAGACCAACAACAUGAUCAUCACCUGGCAGCCGCUCCCCCCCGGGGACUGGAACGCCCCCCAGCUCCGGUACCGGGUGCAGUGGCGGCCGCUGGAGCCGGCGCUCGGGCGCUGGAGGGAGGACACGGUGGGGGCCCCCCCGGUGGUCGUGGGGGACACCCCGACCUUCAGCCCCUUCGAGAUCCGCGUGCAGGCCCUGAACGAGGCCGGGAAGGGCCCCGAGCCCGCCGUGGUCCUCGGGUACUCCGGGGAGGACC